AUGACUUCAAUACGUGUUGUGCCCUCUGCCGCCAACAGGGCCCUCAAUCUCCUCCGCACAGUGCAAUACACCCAUCCUCCCUCCUGUCCCUGCCACUCCAACCCCAAUCACCACCAUCACCUGCAAUCCAACCAUGUCCGCCGUCUGGCCACCCCCGUUGACCCCUCGCGCCAGAAAGAGUACGCCUUUGAAAUGGCCGCCUCGAGUAUCCGCUUCGGCCCUGGCGCGACGAGGGAAGUCGGCAUGGAUUUCGCCAAUAUGAAGGCCAAGCGCGUGUGUAUCGUGACCGACCAGAAUGUGGCCAAGCUGGAUGCUAUGAAACAGGCAGUGGAAGGUCUGUCAAAAGAGGGGAUCGAGUUUACGGUCUAUGACAAGGUGCGCGUGGAGCCAAAGGAUAGCUCAGUGAAAGAUGCUAUUGCGUUUGCAAAGCCAUAUAACCCCGAUGCCUUUCUGGCUGUCGGCGGCGGCUCGGUCAUCGACACGGCCAAGCUGAUGAACCUCUACACCGUCUUCCCCGAGGCCGACUUUCUCGACUUUGUCAACGCCCCCCUUGGCAAAGGACUCCCCGUCACCAAGGCCCUGCGGCCGCUGGUCGCCGUUCCAACAACUGCAGGCACCGGUUCCGAGACCACAGGAACCGCCAUCUUCGACCUCGUGUCGAAAAAAGCCAAAACAGGCAUCGCCCACCGCAACCUCAAGCCCACGCUGGGCAUCUGCGACCCGCUCAACACCCGCACCAUGCCCGCGGCCGUCCACGCCUCUUCGGGUCUUGACGUCCUCUGCCACUCGCUCGAAUCCUGGACCGCCAUCCCCUACAACGAGCGCACCCCGCGCCCCACCAACCCCAUCAACCGCCCCGCCUACCAGGGCGCCAACCCGAUUUCCGACAUAUUCUCGCUCCAGGCCCUCCGCAGCACCGUCAAGUACCUCCCCCGCGCCGUCCGCGACCCAGACGACUUUGAGGCCCAGUCCCAGAUGCUCCUGGCCGCCACCCUGGCCGGUGUUGGUUUCGGGAAUGCCGGUGUCCAUUUAUGUCAUGGCAUGAGCUACCCCAUCUCCAGCCAGAACCCGGGGUACAAGCAUGCGGGGUAUGACGUGGACCACCCGAUUAUUCCUCAUGGUGUGUCUGUCGCCGUCACCGCGCCGGCGGUUUUCCGCUUCACGGCUGCCUCAAACCCCGACCGCCAUCUGGCUGCCGCUGAGGCUUUUGGCGUGGAUGUCUCGAAUGUCAAGCGCGAGAGCGCCGGCGAGGUCCUCGGCGAGGCGCUGGCCAAGUUCUUGGCCGAGCUGGGCGACCAGCCGCGUGGUCUGAAGGAUCUGGGCUUUAAGCAUUCGGAUAUCGACUCGUUGGUUGAGGGGACGAUCCCGCAGCAGCGGGUGUUGAUGCUGGCGCCGAAUUUGAGUGGCGAGCUGGAAAGAGAGAGGGAGGAGUUGAGGGGGUUACUCGAGCAGUCGAUGGAAUAUUAG